UCUCCAUUCAAUCAAUCUCUCUUUCAACAUAAAAAUGGCACCAAAGGCGGAGAAGAAGCCGGCGGCGGAGAAGUCUCCGGUACUCGAUAAAUCGCCCAAGGCCUCCGGGAAGAAGCUGCCGAAGGAGAGCGGCGGCGCCGACAGGAAGAAGAAGCGAUCGAAGAGCAUCGAGACGUACAAGAUCUACAUCUUCAAGGUGCUGAAGCAGGUGCACCCUGACAUCGGGAUCUCGAGCAAGGCGAUGGGGAUCAUGAACAGCUUCAUCAACGACAUUUUCGAGAAAUUGGCGCAGGAGUCGUCGAGGCUUGCGCGCUACAAUAAGAAGCCUACGAUCACGUCGCGGGAGAUCCAGACUGCCGUGCGAUUGGUGCUGCCCGGUGAAUUGGCGAAGCACGCCGUGUCGGAGGGGACAAAGGCGGUGACGAAGUUUACGAGCUCUUGAAUUGUGCGGUUUAUGAUGAUUGAUUAUACUAAUGCUCUGUUUUACCCCUUUGGUGUCUGUGAAAGGAUGCUG